UCAUCAUCUCGAGGAUAGUCUCCGCUUAACUUCAUCUUUUUAAUGAAUGCCAACGCGAGAAGAAACAUGACUCACGAUUGAGGUGUGCAUCAUGUCUUUCAAGAAGGAAACGCCCCUGGCUAACGCUGUGUUUUGGGCGGCCAGGAAGGGGAACUUGGCCCUCCUUCAGCUGCUUCUCAACAGUGGGCGUGUGGAUGCAGACUGCAGAGAUUAUUUUGGAACCACAGCUCUGAUGGUGGCUUCCUAUAGUGGCCAUUUUGAGUGUGUCAAAGAGCUCAUCAUGCAAGGAGCGGACAUCAACUAUCAGAGAGAGGUAUGCUGUCACAGCAAUACUGGCUCCACCGCGCUGUUCUUCGCCUGCCAGCAGGGCCACAAUGACAUUGUUCAGCUACUUUUUGAAUUCGGUGCAUCCACUGAAUUACAGACGCAGGACGGCGGCACUGCUCUGACGGUUGCCUCCCAGUAUGGCCACCCCAAGGUGGUGGACACCCUCCUGAAGAACGGGGCCAAUGUGAACGACCAGCUGCUUGAUGGGGCCACCUCUCUAUUCCUGGCAGCCCAAGAGGAUCAUGUGACCGUGGUACGUCAGCUCCUGUCGUCCGGAGCCAAAGUCAACCACCCAAGGGAGGAUGGAACCGGCCCCCUGUGGAUGGCAGCCCAGAUGGGACACAGCGAGGUGGUGAAGGUCCUGCUGUUGCGCGGUGCAGAUCGGGACGCUGACAGAAAGGAUGGGUCAACUGCAUUAUUCAAAGCUGCCUAUAAAGGACAUAACGAUGUUAUUCAGGAACUUCUCAAGUUUUCUCCUUCACUUGGUCUUCUCAAGAACGGUUCGACAGUCCUUCAUGCAGCUGUGAUUGGUGGAAAUCAUAAGACCGUCCGGAUUCUGCUUGAGGCCAAUGCAGACCCCAUGCUGCCCAAUAAGAACAAUGAGCUGCCUGCAGAUCUUACAAAGAGUGAUCGCAUCCUUAAUACUUUACAUCCAAAAACUGUCAGUGGGGAAAUUUUAUGACGAUCUUUGACAACUGUGAAUAACACUUAGAGUCAAGAACCAUGUGCAAAAAACAUCUACGUAUGAAAACAAAGAGGUGCUUUUAAUCAAGACAUCUAAAGCUGAUAUAAUGGAGACUGAUAAGCCUAUUAAUAUGCACCGAAAGUAUUUAUUUUCGAUUUUUGAUGUUACUUUUCUCUAUAUGUUGUACUGUUUUUUGUGCUAUAGGUGAUGAAGCAUUAAGACAUGUUUAGCAGAUUUUUAUUUGCCCUUUGUAAUGAAUGCAAUAAA